AUGGAGGACCAUGCGUUACAUAUACUGACUAUACACGAGGACACAGUGCUCCACAAGGCCGCUUACUCGAAACAAGCUGACCUGGUACUCAGUCUUCUCGAAGACUUGCCUUCCUGCCCUGACGACAAAAUGCGCCGCAAAAACCGUUCUGGAAACACAAUCCUCCACGAGGCAGCUACUCUCGACCACGGAAGCUCGGUGAAGGUAGCAGAAGAGAUGAUAAAGAGAGAUCAAGAGUUGUUAAGAAUGCGCAACGAGCUUGGAGAAACCCCACUCUUUCGAGCAGCCCGCUAUGGUAAAUCUGAGAUAUUCAACUUUCUGGCAGGUGAAAGUUUAAAGUUAAACCAUGGUGAGAAGGACAUGCAAAAGUUUGUUCAGAGGGUUGACAAGACCACUAUUCUUCACAUCGCCAUCCUUUCUCAGCACUUUGGUUAG